AUGUCUACCACAGCAAAUGAUAAGAUAGUUAAGAACGAAAGAAUAGCAGGACGACAUAUAAAGCAUUCACCCAACGUACGCAUAGAAUCUGCAGUGGAAAGAGAGACUACAUUUCUCGUAAAGAGCUCAACACCAUUUGUAUCAGCCGUUAAGAAGAUUCAAAGACUGUUGGACAAAUUCGAUAAAUCAAUGAUCUCUUCUAAUUCUAGAAGUCGAGGGAAAACAAAGUAUCAGAAUGGAGAGUAUAAAAAGGUGAAUUACAUCGUAGUUAAGGGAAUGGGUAAGACAAUCGAGAAGGCACUUUCACUAGCAUUAUAUUUCGAUGAGGAAUUACACUAUCAAGUGGAUAUUAUAACGUCGACAGUGAAAGUAUUAGAUGAAUUCAGGGAGCAAGUUCCCGAGGAAGCUAAGCAAGAAUUUGAUGAUGGUGAUGAGUUUAAUGAUAGUGUUUAUAGAAAACGACUGGUCAGUAGCAUCGAGGUACGAAUUUGGGUGAAACGUUAA